CAUGCGUGGUGCCGCCAGUGGGUGCGUCCAAUAAUGACUGGGGGAUCCCUGCGAGUAACAUGACCAAAAAGAAGCGGGAGAAUCUGGGCGUCGCUCUAGAGAUAGAUGGGCUGGAGGAGAAGCUGUCACAGUGUCGGAGAGACCUGGAGGCUGUAAACUCCAGGCUCUGUGGGGUGGAGCUGAGCCCAGAGGCCAGGAAGUCUCUGGAGAAGGAGAAAAACAGCCUGAUGAAUAAAGCCUCUAACUAUGAAAAGGAGCUGAAGUUGCUUCGGCAGGAGAACCGGAAGAACAUGGUGCUCUCUGUGGCCAUCUUCAUUCUCCUCACCCUCAUCUACACCUACUGGACCAUGUGAGCCUAAGAUCCCUCCAGUCAGCACGGGGUUCCCCCUGGUCACAGCCAAGCAGGCCCUUCAAGCCUUAAGACAACCAAGGUACAGGAGCGUUUCUCCUUGACCCAGACACUGGAUGGGGCUUCCUAUUGGCCCAGCCCCUCUUCCCUCCUGGUCCUGCUGUGGGGCCCCGGUCUCCAGAAGGACUUUGUGCUGAUUCUUCCCUCAGCCCAAGGGAAAGGCAAUAAAGAACAGCCAGGCUGCUCCUGUCUGCUGAGUAAA